CUCAGAUCGCAUGACGUCAGCGCCUGCCCAGCUUUGAUUGUUGCCUCCGACGCGCGCUGCUUUACUGUAAUCAGCAUCACCGCUUUCAAAAUGUACGCGCAGUGAUACUCUACAGAACAUGUUACCACGUCCGAGUUGGCAGCAUGCAGGUCGGAGGCCGCUGCAAGGGCUGACCAGAACACCAUGUCUCACAUCGCUACCCGGCGUGGGUGCGAUCCACAGGUUCAGGCAAACUUCGUGGAUUGAGUCUGCCAGGUAUGCUUCGCUGCAAGCUGGCGAAGACAAGACAGGCCACAUCAGCGCAGGGCCUAAUGAAGGCCUCCUGUUCUUCAACAAUGUAUAUCCCAUAUCUAUUCGAAGGCUCCUAGGAUUACCCGCACCUCGACUGCUCGAUCGGCUCGUUGCACCAUUCAUCCCAGGAACGGGUCCUCAGCAGGUCAUUGAAAAAGUCAAGGCAACGAAGGGCCUGCAGAUCACCGCCACUGAGGUUCUUCCACGGAUGCGAGAGGGUGGAGCAUUUGUCAAAUUUACUCACGAUGGAACCUCGUCGAUAUCUGAGAUCGAGAAGGUACUUCAGCAGCAUCUCAGGGACGAGCCUGUUAAGCCAUGGUGGGCACCAUUCCGGCGCAUGCGUACCAAGGCCGUCAAGGGUCGUCCAUGGGUCGAAGAUUUGAUGCGUGUGCCGGCACCAAGAUUGAGAGUCGAAUUUAUCUCGGGAGAACCAGGAGGUAGCCCCGCUGACGCUGUCGAAUUGUCACAAGAAGAGUUGUUUCAAUUCUUCAGGCCCUAUGGCAAGCUUUCCGACAUUGUCAUGCAGCCUCCAGAUUCCAAGGUGUUGCCCAAGUUCGCGCAUGUCGAUUUCUCGAGUAUGGGCAAAGCCGUCAUGGCGAAGAACUGCAUGCAUGGCUACCAUGUUUCGCAGGCUGAAGGCGGAGGCGCAAAGGGUACGAUUCUUCGGUUGAAAUACGAACAGAAAAUCAAGCCGAGAUGGAUCAGAGACUGGCUAUUCAGUCAUCCUCGGAUCGUCAUCCCUAUUCUUGCAGCAAUCAUAGCUGGUAUUACUGUUGCCAUCUUCGAUCCAAUCCGGACAUUCUUCGUCAAGGCACACAUUACGAGAAUGUUGCACCUAGAGGACAACAGAAUUUACAAAUGGCUCAAGGGAUACGCUGAGGACCUUAUUCGCGGCAAGAAAGAUGAAGAGGAAGCCGGCAUGGACGCUAUCUGGGACGAUCGCAAGAACAACAUCGAACAGAUCCAGACCUGGCUCAUGGAAACAGCUGAUACUUUCAUCAUUGUACAAGGUCCGCGUGGCUCUGGCAAGAAGGAAUUGGUCGUCGACCAAGCUCUUGCCGACAAAAGGCUAAAGCUUAUCAUUGACUGCAAGCCCUUGCAAGAGGCCCGUGGCGACAGCGCUACCAUCAGCGCUGCUGCUAACUCUGUCGGCUACAAGCCCGUCUUCUCUUGGAUGAACAGCAUCAGCGGCAUGAUCGACAUGGCUGCUCAGGGUGCAACAGGCGUUAAGACCGGCUUUUCAGAAACCCUUGAUUCUCAGCUCAGCAAGAUAUGGAACACGACCACUACUGCACUCAAGCAAAUCGCUCUUGACAAACGCCACAAGACCGAUAAAGAUGCCCAACUCGGCGACGAUGAGUGGCUCGAAGCACACCCGGAACAUAGGCCUAUCGUUGUCGUCGAUAAUUUCCUACACAAGAGCAAUGAAGGUGGCAUUGUUUACGACAAGAUCGCUGAAUGGGCUGCUCGUCUUACUACAGCUAAUGUCGCGCAUGUCAUCUUCCUGACCAACGACGUCUCUUUCAGCAAGUCGCUCUCGAAAGCCCUUCCAGACCGCGUCUUCCGACAGAUCUCUCUUUCUGAUUGCUCACCUGAAGUUGCCAAGCGCUAUGUUAUAACGCAUCUCGACGCUGAUGUCCAGGACGAUCCCGUGCCUCGUGGGCAGGAGCCCAAGCCGAUUCCCUCGCAGUCGCGCACGGACUUGGACGAGUUGGACUCGUGCAUUGCGCUGCUUGGUGGUCGAUUGACAGAUCUCGAGUUUCUCGCAAGAAGGAUCAAGACUGGCGAAACACCGCAGAAGGCAGUUCACGAGAUGAUUGACCAGUCUGCCUCUGAAAUUCUAAAGAUGUACAUCUUCGGCGCAGAGGACGAGGGUGGAAACAGGCAUUGGAGCGCUGAGCAGGCGUGGAUGUUGAUCAAGGAGCUGUCGCAAAAGGAAAGCCUGCGCUACAACGAGGUGCUUCUCGACGAUAUCCUGAAGACAGGUGGCGAAACUGUCCUGCGUGCCCUCGAACAGUCUGAGCUCAUCACGAUCCAAUCCGGGCCUAACGGACGACCGGCGAUCAUCAAACCCGGCAAGCCCAUCUACCACCCGGCCUUCAAGCGUCUUACUGAGGAUAAAGUGUUGAAGAGCCGUCUCGAUCUUGCUAUCUUUACCCACCUGACCAAGAUUGAGAGUGCGACUAUUGACAAGUGUGAGAACGAGCUGUUGAUAUUGAGCAAGCUUAGGAACCAACCCGCCCAAAUGGCUGGGAGAGCCAACUACCUCCUCAACAAGAUGAUGACAAGCCAAGACAAGGUGGAGAAGUAUGAAACAGAGAUCAAGGGCUUGAAGAAGGUCCUCGGGCAGGAAUACUGAUCAUUGACAAUUCUGUAAAGAUACCUUUGCCUCUUCCUUUUCGCCAGAACACCUCCACAUAUACCUAUUGUACUACGAAUUUAAUGCAACUGAUCUCCUCUUAGCCUGUGCUUGCACGUGCAUCACGACUGCCCCACUGGCUCGGGCUCACUGCAUUCCAUUUUUGACUGAUAACUGCAUUUGCCCGAGUACACAAACUCGGAUUAACUCCUAGAAUCGAUGGACAGUAUUCAAAAACCCCCGACCAUGCUUCGCACUGCGUCUCUCGUCCAGGAACCAGUUUCUCCGUCCCACGUCAUUCGCGCUAAGCAACCGCCCGACAACCGCGGCCUAGUCCGUGCUCUCCA